GUUCGCUGCCACUCUCCAGCGUCCAAAGUCAGGCCAAUUCGGUUCAACCGCUGCCACUGCGCAGCGUUGCGUCCGCCAUCUACAGCACAACCUCUGCUGCCGGAACCGACUUUCAUCACCGUCGCUUCCUUUCCAUCCGCUGUUUUCGCCGCCCGCGAUGCAACUAUCGCUUCGUGCGAGUCGACAACAAACCUUUUCUUUUCUCUUCUUGUGCGCGGCGCCCUCCCUGUAGCAGCCAUGGCCGAUUCCAACCCAGCGUCCGAAUCGCAGCCAACUUCUGCUCAAGAACCGUCGCAGUCGCAGGCGCAGCCACAGGCAUCAUCCACCGACCAGUCUGCCACCAAGAAGGCGCCUCCAAACCAAACUCCCGGUCAUCCCAGUUUCAGAAGACAGCGUGCGUCGCGGGCGUGUGAAACGUGCCAUGCCAGAAAAGUCCGAUGUGAUGCCGCCUCACUAGGUGUUCCGUGUACCAAUUGCGUCGCCUUUUCCAUCGAAUGCCGAAUUCCCAUACCUAAGAGGAAGAGAGCCAGUACUGCUCGAGCCAAAGAGGAAGGGAGUGAGACUGGCGACUCUCAACAGCCGGCUACUCCGACAGACCCUCGCAUAGCACGCCCUGCUCAACCGAAACCAACGGCCGGUUACAAUACCGAAGAUGGCAUUCCUUCCACCCAGACGAUUGAGGCGCAAGCCGCCCAUCAGGCCGCCAACAAUGGCACCAUGGCACAGUUCAUGAAACCCAAGUUCGCUCGAGCGCCCAUCAAAGAAGCCGGUCGGGUGGCGUACCUGGGCGAAUCCUCCAAUCUGUCCUUGUUGGUCCAUGAUCGCCAUGGCACCACAGACGUGGUUCACUAUCCUUUACCAGAAAACAUUCGAGGCGCUCGCGCCCGGUUGACCGAGCCGGAUCAGAUGGAGAUCGAGAUUCUUCAGCAGCGUGGAGCAUUCUUACUACCACCCCGCGCACUGUGCGAUGAGCUCGUCGACGCAUAUUUCAAAUGGGUCGCCCCCAUCGUCCCCGUUAUCAACAAGACCCGAUUCAUGAAGCGGUAUAAAGACACCAAAAACCCGCCGUCCUUGCUCCUCCUCCAAGCUAUACUCCUCGCCGGUUCGAGAGUCUGUCAAAACCCGCAACUUAUGGACGCCACGGGAUCAACCACGCCUGCAGCAAUGACCUUCUACAAACGUGCAAAGGCGCUUUAUGAUGCCAACUACGAAGACGACCGCAUCACCAUCGUACAGGCCCUGAUAUUGAUGGGCUGGUACUGGGAAGGGCCCGAAGAUGUGACGAAGAAUGUUUUUUAUUGGACUAGGGUCGCCAUUGUGGUCGCUCAGGGUGCCGGGAUGCAUCGAAGCGUGGAGAGCUCGCAACUGAGUAGACAGGAUAAGCGACUUUGGAAACGAGUUUGGUGGUCGCUUUUCACAAGAGACCGGUCGGUCGCUGUUGCUCUUGGUCGACCGGUGUCCAUCAACACGGACGAUUCGGACGUUGAAAUGAUUACGGAAGAGGACUUUAUCGAAGAAGAAGGAGACCCGAACAACGACAUCCCGCCCGAUCCGGUUCACGUGCAGUUCUUUCUGCAGUAUGUCAAGCUUUGCGAAAUCAUGGGUCUUGUACUUUCGCAACAGUAUUCCGUUGCGUCCAAGGCCCGGCGAACAAAUGCCAUCGAUCUCACUCAUAGUGACAUGGCCUUGGCCGACUGGCUUCAGAAUUGUCCUCGCGAGGUAUAUUGGGAACGCUCGCGGCAUCACUUCUGGUCAGCGUUGUUACAUUCGAACUAUUAUACCACGUUAUGUCUGCUCCACCGGGCGCACAUGCCUCCCGCCACGGCCAAGUCGAAUGACUACGAAAAUGUCGACAUGUCUUAUCCUUCUAGAACGAUAGCGUUCCAAGCAGCAGGCAUGAUCACUUCAAUCAUGGAAAACCUCCUUGCCCAUGACCAAGUCAAAUAUACACCUGCUUUUAUUGUAUACAGCCUGUUUUCGGCACUCAUCAUGCAUGUGUAUCAGAUGCGUUCGUCGGUUCCGUCCGUGGUGGCGGCUAGCCAGGAACGGAUCAACGUUUGCAUGAACGCGUUGAAAGAGGUUUCCAAAGUGUGGUUGGUGGCCAAGAUGGUUCAUACCCUCUUUGAAUCCAUUCUCGGUAACAAAGUCCUCGAGGAGAGGUUACAGAAAGCAACUGGCCGAAAGGCACAACGCUCGAGGCCUCAGGCUACUGGAGGAGCAUCUCAACCGAACGGCAACGCCAAUGGAACAGCGCAUUCAUCGUCUGCACCCUCAGCCACCCCAGCACCACCGCCAAAUCCCGCCAAACGAAAAUUCGACGACAUUGACCUGGGAUUCAACGUUGGACCACCAGCUCCUCAAAUGUCAUAUGAGCGUUCACGUCCACAGACACCUGCCGCAACGCCUUCCCGCGAUCUUCCCCAGCAACAGCAGCAGCAGCAACAACAACAACAGCAGCACCACAACUUCCUCGGGUCCCCUCCUUUACAGGACCAAUUUCUACCACCGUCAAGGUCUCGUGGACCGUCUCGUAUACCAUCACGGGGACCAACCAGAGCGAACUCGCCAUUCAAUGGAUACUCGAUUCCAGCCACGCCACCGGAUUUGUUUUUGGUGACGCGGGAUUCGCCAAAUAUCUCGCAGCAGCUAUGGGAGAAUUUCCAACCAGAUCAGCUCUUCCCGGAUGGAACGAUUGGCGACGGCACCAACUUUGCCAGUCCCGUGAUGCACCAUGCAGUUGACCCUCAGUUGCAAAUGCAAACGCCCGGCAUGGGCGGUGGUCAGCAUAUGGCACCACAAAUGGACAUGUCAGGAGGAGGACAACAACCUCCUCAAGUAUGGGGAUCAUCAGGGAUGCAAGGGAUGAUGGGGGGUUCGGGCAUGGAAAUGCACGACAGCGAUGGCUGGUCGACAAGUUCGAUCGGCAACGCCCCCGUGGCGCCCACGACGCUCAAUGUGGAAGAUUGGUUCCAGUUUUUCGGCAUCAAUGGCGAAAUGGCCGGCAUGGGCGAUGGCAAAAUGACUGUUGAUGGAUGAGCAGCAGCGCAGGCCAAAAAGUCUAUAUGGAGCAGUUUACUGUAUGUUUUUCUGUAAGCGUAGCCAAGCGUACGGUCGGUCGGGGCUGAUAUUCAAAAAAGGGGCAAAAAUUGGACUGUGGGCAUGAACUUGGAAUCUCAGAUUAUGGACGAAGUGGUAUCUGAUAGUGCUACGGGACUAUACAUGGAACAUGAGAAGACUUGACUACCCAUAUCGCCUACCAUAAAAAGAGCUUCCUUCGUGAUGGAGAGAAGAAUGUAAGAUGAGACAUACCUGUGAACUUCAAGGGAAUGUUUGCCCCCACUUUAGGUUUCUCAACUUAAAGCAGUAUUCAAUAUUCUGUAUCUCC